AUGUCCAACAACUACUCUCACAACAACAACCACCAUCAACCUACCGCUGACCUACCUGGGUGUGGCCAAGUGGCCAUCGCGCGAGGGCCGCUCUGGGGGUCGGCGUCGGCCGCUCGGCUGGUCGACAAGGGCAUCCGAGCCCAGAAGCACCGCAGCUUGGGCGACCGGUACCGGGUCUCCAAGCAGGUGAGCGUGGCCCAGCGGAGCCUGACCAGCCACCAGGCCGUCGCCACCAACAACCACAGGGAAGGAACGAACGUGAACGCGCAGCUGACCAGAGGCCUGGAAGGCCUCCAGACGCCCCAGCGCAUGCGCGACGCCCCGCUCGUCGGCUUCAUGCGAAGUCGGCAGCCACUCGCAGCGACUACCGCCGCUGCUGACGUCAGCACCGCUCACAGUGUUGGCGUGAACGAGGCGGCAGACGAUGGUGGCGUGGGCGGGGAAGAGAACGACGCAGUCGAGCAGGGCAACGAUGGUGGUGGCGAUGAAGAGGAAGAAGAAGAGGAAGAGGAGGUCAUAAUGACCAGACGAUCACGGGGAGGCACGAUCUGCAUGACCUCCGGGUGUCUGCCCGUAUUCCUCAGCAACCUGCUCGACGCGCCCAGAACCCGAGGGAGCGAGGCGAGCGCGUUGGGCGACAAUGACGACGAUGACGACGAUGACGAAGAAAGCGACCCGACCAUCAUCACCGUCGAUGGAGACGACGAUGACGACGAUGAGUCUUCGUCGGAGGAGGAAGAGGAGGAGGAAAUGGAGUCAGGGGAGCUUCCCGCAGUGGAAGAAGAAGAAGAAGAAGAAGAAGUCAAGGAGGAGGGGAAGGAGGAGGAGGAGGAAGAAGAUGACGAUGAUGACGACGAGGAGGAAGAAGAUGACGACGGUGACGACGAGGCGGAACGGAAGAGCCACGACAAGGACGGUGGCGAGCCCGACGAAUCGCCCCUGGAGGAGGUGACCGUCGUCCCAGACUGGAGCGCUGCCCGACGCCAAACUCGCGCCGAGGGACACCAGAUCUUGGUUGUGCCGCCCGAGCAAAUCAAGCAGCACGGGCCGAACUACCGCCAACUCGCGCUCGGCGGCCUCGCCGUGCCCUCCUCGUCCGUGCAGCGGAGCGCCAGCUUCAUCGCCGCCAACCGGCGACCGACCUCCACCAUUAGGGGACCCCUCGCGCCUGCGCCCAUCGUCGCCGCCACCGCCGCCGACGGCGACGCGCCACCGGUCACCAUUGUUGUCGACAGCGAGCCGCCACAGGUGGUAACGAGCGGCGAUGAUGACGUCAGCACAGGCGUGCGCGGCGAGCAGGAGGGUGAGGAGCUGGUCGGGGCCUACACGAUCGCGACGCUGCGGCAGAAGUGGGCCGAAACCGCGAGCGAGCCGUUGUUGGCCGAGUCCAGCGGGACUAGCAGCGGUGGCGGGACGCCCCGGACAGACCCGACGACCACGACGCAGGCCGACGGGGACCACCACGGCGAGCCAUCGGCCCGCACCGAAAAGCGAAAGCGAAAAGAGAAAAAGAAGAAGGGCCGCAAGGCCUACUCGUCCCGGCGGCUCUACGUUGAUGUGCUACUGGUCGAAGCCACGGAGCUGUCCUUCCCUGGGAAAGCCCUGCAGGCCAUCUACGGCGCCAAGAGCCUGGGCGACCCCUACGCCAGGCUGUCGGUGGUGCGCUCUCUGGGCGCGGCUCCGAUCGGCAACGUCGACGACCACUGCUACCCGUACUGCACCCGCGCCGUCAAAAAGGAGAUCGACCACCCGGUGUGGCUCGACGGCGUCACCUUUGCGUACGAGCGGUUGUCGGUGGGGAAGCUGUGGGACCAGAUCCAGCCGCGGGGCGAGAGGCAGGACCCGGCCCAGCGCGAGGAGUGGAACGCGGCCAAGGCCCAGUUCGUGAAGCGGUGGAAGAAGCUGCAGAAGGGCGACCGCACCCCCGCCCAGCAGGCCUUCUUCGACAUGUGCCGCGCCAAGCUCGAGCCCAACCUCGAAGUCGAAGUUUACUUCACGAUGGGCGGCAGGAGGGACGGGCUGGUGGGGAGCGUGUCGGUGCCGCUGUGCGACCUGCAGGACGGACUCAUGCACGACCUGUGGCUCAACCUGCGGCCCAACGCCAACCUGCCGGCCCCGCGCAACGCCGCCGAACAAAGGUCGAUGAACCUCGACAAGUGGGCGCAGCAUUCCGAGCUCGGAAUGUGGGGCAGCGUCCACCUCGUCAUCCAAAAGUCCAAAAAGCCGCACUUGGGAAUGCUGAGUAUGCACGGUCCGCCGGUGUCGCCGCUUCCGCUGCGCAUGGAGGUGGGCGACAUCAUUCUCUUCGACAGCAGCCGACUCCUCAUGCAGGGCACCAAGCUCGCCACCCGGAGUCCAUGGGACCAUGCGGCGCUGGUGGUGAAGAAGCGGAACAAGCCGGGCCUCCGCCUUUUCGAGGCCACUAUGGACGGCGUCCAGGUGUUCAACCUCACCCGACGCCUCCAGUUCUACGUCAAGGACACAAAAAUUGCCCUGCGCAGGUUGCACGUGGAACGUACGGAGGAGAUGAUGGAGGCGCUCUACGAGUUCAUCGAACAGGUCAAGGGCCGGCCCUACAAGAAGAACCCGUUCCAGUUGAUCAAGGCCCUCGCCAAGUUCAACGCGCACGACAACCAGGGGAGCAUCUUUUGCUCCCAACUCGUCGCCGCCGCCUAUCAGAUGAUGGGUCUGCUGUCGAUGGACGAGCCGGCCAACAACUACCUGCCGGUGGACCUGGCGUCGCUGAAGCUGCUCAAGGGCUCGCUGGGCGAUCUCAUGGUCGUCCCCCGACUCCAGAAGCCCAAGCCGAGCAAGAAGCAACACCACUAA